CUCAGUUGCUUCAGAAACUUUGUGCGGACAAAAGCGAAAAAGUGAGCGCGGCAGAAAAACAUAAACAAACCAAACAGUAAACCAAAAAUGUGGCUGAAUCCUAGUCGGCUCAGUGGCAGCCAGGUGGUGGUGGUGCUACUUGUAUUGGCACUGACCACCGAAGAUGUCCAAGCCAAGCGCUGGUCUACUGGCGGCGGCGGUAAAAGCCGUGGAGGCUCCCUCUUCGGCGGAGGCAGCUCUCGCAGGACUUCGUCUUCCUCGUCCGGCUCGCAUAGUCACUCUUCGGUGAGCCAUUCGUCGCCCUCCCACCAUGCAGCACCGGCGCACCACGAUCCGGUGAGGCUAUCCUACCCCAGCUCCAACCACCAGACAGUGAGCAAGGUGAGCAGCACCCAGUCGCACGCGGCUCCCAAGCCAUCCGCACCAGCUCCCGCAAUUGGAUGGAACGUCCCCAAGGCGCAAGGACCCCCGCCGGCUUACUCUGCGUCGAAUCCUGUGGGCGGCGCUCACACCAACAUUCACGAGAAACCCCCGGCAUACAAUCCAUCGUACAGACCUGCACCGCCCAGUUAUCCUGCUGCCACCCAGACGCACAACACCAAUCUCCAGAGCGCCUCUCGACCGGCCACCAGUUCCAGUUCUGGCUCCUCCGGCGCACAUUACUACGGAGGAAGUGGCUACCGGAACCGAGCUAACUCUACUGGUGGUUUCGGCGGUUCAUCCGGAGGUUACACUCCUAUCACAGCCACCAAUGCCCACAACGUGCAGUCCAGCUAUCCCCGCCAGAGCUUGCCAGCCGGAGCCACUUACCAUCCGGCUGGACAAAUUCCCGCUGGUGCCACCUAUCACCCAGCGGGUCAUCUACCGGCAGGAGCCACUUACCAUCCAGCGGGUCAGGUUCCACAUGGUGCUACUUACUAUCCGACAGGACAGUUUCCGGCCGGUGGCUCUUACCAUCCGGCGGGAGGUUUCCCAGCCGGAGCCUCUUACCACCCAGCCGGCGCUGUUCCUCACGGAGCCACCUACUACCCACAGGGACCUGCAGGACUGCCACCGGGCGCCACCUUCCUGCCCGCCGGAGGAGCAUUGCCCGCUGGAGCCACCUAUUACGCACAGCCACCAGUGGUCUCCCAGAAGUCCUCUGGACCUGGAUUGGGAACUGGUCUUAUUGCUGGUGCUUUGGGUGGUGCCAUUCUGGGACACGCCCUUACGCCCACUCAUACUCGUGUCGUGGACCACUCCUACUCUGGCGGCGGUGGUGGAGGAGGAUAUGGCGGUGGUAACUCUGGCGGUGGUGAUGACAAGAUCAUUAUUAUUAACAACGGACCUCCCGGCUCGGUGACCACCACUGAUGCGGGAUCUGGCACCACGGUGAUCAAUACUGGUGGAAGUCAAGCGGCUGGUGUUCCUCCUGCUCCCGCAGCUCCUGCCUAUGGAUCUCAAUUGCCCCAGCCACCAUCUCCAGGCUCUGCUCCGCUGGCGCCUUUGCCACCUGCCCCUGGUGCUGCUCCGCUGGCCCCUCUGGGUCCUCUUCCCCCAACACCCAUCGAUCCUGCAUCGGUUGCUUCCGUUAACGCUGCGCCUCCUGCACCAGGAACUCCUGCAGAUCCCAAUGCACCGGCACCUCCCACUCCUCCGGCUCCCGGAGCACCUGCUGAUCCAAAUGCGCCACCUGCCCCAGGUGGCCUUAUCUGUGUGCCUGUGAAGGUGCCCCAGCCAGAUCCUAAAGAUCCCACCAAGACGAUUGAGGUGGAUCAGAUUGCCUGCUAUCCGGCGCCACCUCCAGAACCGGCUGUGAAUGGUACCCAGGAAGCUGUGCCCUCUCCCGUUGCUGCCGGAGGGGCUGUGCAAAUGGCCCCCAUCCAGGCCACCACACCCGUAAACAUUCCCGAGGGUUCCGUGCCCCUGGCCCCCAUCUUGCCCGGUGGUCAGCCGGAUAUUAUGAAAAUGCCCGGACUCACAUCCGCUCGAUUGUCGGCGGAAUCAGGCCUGAAGGAUGCCCACAAUACGGCCCAGCAGACCUUAGGUCAUUUCGGCUUGGUCUCGUCUUUGGUAACCCUCCUGGUGGCCUACUGUCUCCAUUAGAAGAGUCCGGAGCCUGCUUCUCUCUCUCAAGGACGCCGUGUUAUUGGCAGCCGGAAAGCUUUAUUUAAUUUAUUGCCAGUCUGCGGGACACGAGAUUCGCCGGGAUAUCCAUACAUGUUUGUUGAAAGCCCGACCUGUCGGUUGUCCUCAUAUUUACACACAUACUUUGUGACAAUUCGAAUUUUUUAUAUAUACUCGUAGUUCUGUUAGACCUCAAAUUAAGUCUUUAAUAAAUGUACCAAUCGAUCGAA